CCCCAAAACGAAAUCAAACCAAUUAUUUAUUUCUACAUUUUUAUAUAAAGUUUCAUCAUAUUUUUAACUUUGACUCUUUAUCAAAAUGGCUGGACUAUUCAUAAAUGGAGCAGUUGAUGAUGCAUCUGUAAAGGCAUUCGAUGAACUCGAAAACUCUGUAAAAUCUCUUAUCAAUGCUGCUAUCGAAGCUAGAAAACAUGCAUAUUGCCCAUAUAGCAAGUUUGCCGUUGGUGCAGCAAUACAAACCGACGAUGGCCACAUCUAUACUGGAAGUAACAUUGAAAACGGAGCAUACAGUGCUUCGUUGUGUGCGGAGAGAGUGGCUGUUGCAAAAGCCGUAAGCGAAGGCAAACGACAAAUUGCAGCAGUUGCUGUUGUGGGUUUGCAAGAGAAUUCUUUCACAACACCGUGCGGAUUGUGUCGUCAAUUUUUGAUGGAAUUUGCCAAAACAGAUUUUCCAAUUUAUGUAGCUAAACCAAUCAAUCCACCGUUGCGGGUGUUAUGCACUAGUAUAUCACAGCUUUUGCCAAAAAGUUUUAAACUAGAUUUUUAAGAUAAUAAUCACUUUCUAUGUAAUAAAGAUGAAUGUAUUUAGUUUUGGUAAAACAUUUUUUUUUAAUAAAUAAA